GCCCGUAGGCGACAUGGCGGCGUCCGAGGAACACGAUUCCCCGACUGAAGCGCCUCAGCCGGCGGUGGAGGAGGAGGAAACUAAAACAUUUAAAGACUUGGGUGUGACAGAUGUGUUGUGUGAAGCUUGUGACCAGUUGGGAUGGACAAAGCCCACCAAGAUCCAGAUUGAGGCUAUUCCUUUGGCCUUACAAGGUCGUGAUAUCAUUGGGCUGGCAGAAACUGGCUCUGGAAAAACAGGGGCCUUCGCUUUGCCCAUUCUGAAUGCACUGCUGGAGACGCCCCAGCGAUUGUUUGCCUUAGUUCUCACCCCGACUCGGGAGUUGGCCUUUCAGAUCUCAGAGCAGUUUGAAGCCUUGGGGUCUUCUAUUGGAGUUCAAAGUGCCGUGAUUGUAGGUGGAAUUGAUUCAAUGUCCCAGUCUCUGGCCCUUGCGAAAAAACCACAUAUAGUAAUAGCAACUCCUGGUCGACUGAUUGACCACUUGGAAAAUACAAAAGGUUUCAACUUAAGAGCUCUCAAAUACUUGGUCAUGGAUGAAGCAGAUCGAAUAUUGAAUAUGGACUUUGAGACAGAGGUUGACAAGAUCCUCAAAGUGAUUCCCCGAGAUCGGAAAACAUUUCUCUUCUCUGCUACCAUGACCAAGAAGGUGCAAAAACUUCAGCGAGCAGCACUGAAGAAUCCUGUGAAAUGUGCUGUUUCCUCUAAAUACCAGACGGUUGAGAAAUUACAGCAAUAUUAUCUUUUUAUUCCUUCUAAAUUCAAGGAUACCUACCUGGUUUAUAUUCUAAAUGAAUUGGCUGGAAACUCCUUUAUGAUAUUCUGCAGCACCUGUAACAAUACUCAGAGAACAGCUUUGCUGCUCCGAAAUCUUGGAUUCACUGCCAUCCCCCUCCAUGGACAGAUGAGUCAGAGCAAGCGCCUAGGAUCUCUUAAUAAGUUUAAGGCAAAGGCUCGUUCCAUUCUUCUAGCAACUGAUGUUGCAAGCCGAGGUUUGGACAUACCUCAUGUGGAUGUAGUUGUUAACUUUGACAUUCCUACCCAUUCCAAGGAUUACAUCCAUCGAGUAGGUCGAACAGCUCGAGCUGGGCGCUCUGGAAAGGCUAUUACCUUUGUCACACAAUAUGACGUGGAACUCUUCCAGCGCAUAGAACACUUAAUUGGGAAGAAACUGCCUGUCUUUCCAACACAGGAUGACGAGGUUAUGAUGCUGACAGAACGUGUGACUGAAGCCCAAAGAUUUGCCCGGAUGGAGUUAAGGGAGCAUGGAGAAAAGAAGAAACGCACUCGGGAGGAUGCUGGGGACAAUGAUGACACAGAGGGUGCUAUUGGUGUCAGGAACAAGGUGGCUGGAGGAAAGAUGAAGAAACGGAAAGGCCGUUAAUCUCUUUUAUAAAGACUUGAUUUCUGCUUUCUGUUCUAUAAAAGGGGAUUGAAGAAGAGAAUGAAACCUCCUCCAACAGAGUUCUUCAGACUGAAAUCUCUCAGAAUCUGCUCAGCUAAUUUAGUACUCAUUCCCCUUUUUACGUGUUACAGUAUCGUUACUGCAGAAUGUUUUUUACAGUGCUGAUGUCAAGACUGUUAUUUUUCUUGAACUUUGGUUCCUUGCUCAUGACAUGAGUGAGAUGUGCUCUUCCAUUACUUCCACAGACCUUUUGCUUUUUUCCGCUGCCAGUCAAGGACUAGGUUGAUGAAGCACUUGACCUGUAAUUGGAAAGAAGCUUCUACAUCUUUAAAACGGUGAUACUUAAGCAAUCUCAGGUUGUCCUUUAUUAGACCUAAUGUGAAAUAAUAAAUUUAAAUAUUAUUUUUAAAAGA